CGACACCAUACAACUGCACUUGUAUCUGCAGCUGCUCUUUUCGCUUUCAACGUCGAGUUCCAUCAAUUAUGUCUCGUGGAAGCCAAACCCUUUACGUUACCGGGUUUAGCCACGGCACCCGCGCGCGCGACCUCGCAUACGAGUUCGAACGGUAUGUCAACCACGCCCAAGGCACCGGAUAGCCUACGCCCAACCCCCGAUUAUCGCCGUCGUCCUCGUCCUCGUCAUCGCUUUCGUCAUCGCCCUAGCUUCGCCCUCGCACUUAUUCGUCCACGCCCUCGUCCCGAUCCACGCCCCUCGCUUGCGCUUCCCCACGUCCCCCUCCCCGUGUACGAGUUCAGACAUCCCCGUAUGAGAACAGCUGGUGCGCUUCAAACGCGGGCAAACCAGCGCCAAGACCAGUAUAUUCACAACUCUAUAUGAUGUUAUAGUGUUCCCCAUUCUUCUACAUCCAUUGGGUAUAAGCUACAUAGAGAACGGAGUGGUUUGACGGAAGCCUGGCAAAAGCAUCCUUGCAUUUUUUCUGACGGGAUAUGACACUCGCACUUUGGCAUCAUGCUCCAGUUAGAACUAUCCAGGUUAAAUUCAUAACUAACAGUCGAAUCUAUAGCUAUGGGCGUCUCGUUCGCUGCGAUAUUCCUGCACCACGCUCUACUUCCAGCCGCCUCUUUGCAUUCGUCGAAUACGAAGACAAGCGAGAUGCUGACGAUGCAUAUCAUGAGAUGCAUAACAAGCGCAUGGGGCGUGACGAUAUGCUAAAGAUCGAAUGGGCGAGAACACCCCCAUCCGCCUCAUGGCGCUUUGAAUCAGGUCGUGAACGUGAACGUCGCAGUACUCGCUCACCUCGUCGUGGUCGAUCCCCGUCUCCUAGACGCAGUACGCGUGACUACUCCCCUCGCAAGGAAGAAAGACGCGACCGCGACCGCGACCAUGAUCGUGAUGGUAGAAGAGACCGUGAUCGCUCUCGCAGCCCCGACAACCGUGAUCGUGACCGCGACAGCAAGGAGAACCGUGACGAUCGUGACAGACGUGACGGUGCUGGCAGCGGAGAUGACCGCAAAGCUGGUGAAAGCCCGGCUGCUGCUAACGAGGAUCUUGACGUUGCCGAGUAAACGGAUCCCAGCAACCACCUUGUCAACCAGUAUGAUGUCUAAUUUCUCCAGAUCCAAUGUAGAUUAAUCGGUCGGUUGUAGCUUGAAGCAUUGCAUCAAAGUGCAUCGCUUGCUGAAUAGGGCAAAACUGUUCUAUCCAUAGUUAACUAAUUUGUAAGAUUGAAUUUUCACUUUAAUUGCUGCCAAAUAAGGAACAGAGCAAGCAUUAUCGGUUGUAUGUAGCCUUAUAUCGGCUUUAUCGCUCAAGUGCAAUCGCAGUAGCCACAGGAUAAUAAUCAAAUAACCUAGUAUCUAUAUUCUGCUAAACAACUACGACAUGAAGUGUCAAAGUUGUACAGACAGUGGAUAACAAUUUAUUUACUUGCCAAUUUCGUCCUAGGCCUGGGCGCGACGAAAACCGACGAUAAGCCGGCGUAAGUAGUUGUUCCCCAUACAUGCUCCACUGAAUACCUCGCUGGCUCUGG